AUGUCCACCGACCACAGCACGAAACAACAAGCAGCAAUGACAAAAGAGCGGGAGAAGCAGAUCGUCGUCGUCCUAACGACCCUCGACAUUCCCACCUCGAGACGUCAUGCUCCCGCGUGUCUGAGCAAUAAGCAACAGACAUUCAUGGAGUGCGAGGGCGUGAGGAUAUCAUCCACCGCGGUGAAUCAGAGGGAGAGGAGAUGCAGCACAGGACAAGGCUCCGCCAUGAUGUGCGCGCUUCGACCGAAUAAUGAGGAGCUUCCAGAAGAGUACGAAAGAGAGAAGAAAGGGAAGAAAAAAGCAUGCGCGCACCUCUGGGUGGCGGGGAAGGGGACGAUCACGAUGACGGUCCUGACUGACAGAGUCGACUUCCUGGGCUUGACUCGCAGGGCCCCAUGUCUUCCCCAGACUGCACGGAGAGGGACUGGUCAAGUCCUCGCCAAUAGCAAGACCGGACGCCGUGGUAAUGAGCUCUGCCUGGCACCGGCUCGCCUAAAGAAACAGGCAAGCGAGGGGACCUUUCUCUACUGCAGGAACAAGGCCGUCUGCCGUUGGCCACACUGCUCUUCCUCUGCCUAUCUCGGAUACGCGGAGAAAACAGACAAACACGAAAAGCCCGCAGUGAGCUGGAAGAUGGCUGGGGUGCCGGACCGACGAGGACCCCACGCUGGUUCGACAUGGAGAGGAGGGGCACUUUGCCUCGUUCCGGGAGAGACCAAGGAGCCCGCGUCGCCUAAGGUGGCAAAGCAAGCUGGCGGGGACGAGAUAGGGAUACGCGCCGUGCGAUGGGCGGCACGCGCACGAGGUAGGCGAGUCGAGAGGUAUGAGUUCAAGUGCUUGCCGUCGGAGAACCAGUAG